CUUAGCUGACAAGGAAGACCAAGAGAGUGACGAAACAGGUAAUCUUGCCGAGCGGCCCUCCAUCAACCGUAGAAUCGAUUCUAAGUCUGCUGCAUCCCUUGUGAAUAAUGAAAAGAACUGUUCUGAGUGUGCAGCAUGGUUGAAACACCGCGAAGCAGCUAUCGCAGCACGACAAGAAUACGAAAAUGACAAGUUUGCUGCUGAAGGUCUUGCUGUUUCCGUCGAUUUACAGAAGGUUAUACAACUACCGAGAAUGGAACGUUUUAAGGAGGUUAUAUUCUCUCAAAGAAUCGUUGUCCUUAAUGAGACAUUUGCGCCAAUAGGAGGAGGAAAAAAUGGAGCAGUUCACGCUAUUUUAUGGAACGAAACGGUAAGCGGUAGGAAAGCAGCAGAUUUGACAAGCGUAUUCACUAAACACCUGACGUUAAAUGGUUCAUCAAGUCGCGUACUCUACUGGUUGGAUAAUUGUUCCAGUCAAAACAUGAACUGGAACUUGAUAGUUCACAUGAUUCUGCUGGUUAACUCACCACUUAUUAAAACCAAUGAAAUCACCUUCAAGUAUCUGGAGUCUGGACAUACAUUUAUGUCGGCUGACGCAUUUCAUGCGGCGGUCGAACGAAGCAUGAGAAAGUACCAAGAAGAAGAGCUCUACACAUUUUCGGACUUUGUCGAAUGUGUCAAGCAGUCUAACAAUGAAACUAAGCCACCUGUAACCGUUAUGAGCUGCACCGACUUUUUUCAGCCUAGCAUUGCCUUGAAACCAUCCGUGCUGAACAAAUUGAAACCUCGCCCGAAAUUAGCUGAGAUUAAACAGAUUCGAUUCACGCGCGGGUGUUUCGAAUUCAGCUAUAAAACGAGCUUUGGGCUAGAAUUUAAGAAAGUCAAACUCUUCACUCAAUUACAAUUGAAAUGCGUUCAGAAUCCGAAGUUCAGCCUUGAAUCAACUUUUCAGUAUAAUAAAACGGAUAGAGGAAUAGAAAAAGUAAGGAAGGAGCAUAUUUCAAAGAAACUCUGUCCUUUGAUGCCGACAGAGAAACGUCGAUUUUGGGAAAAUCUCCAUGUCAACGAUCAUGUUGAUGUAUUCUAA